AGAGAGAUGGACGAGGGAUCAACGGGGGCACUCGUGCCGGCGGUGAAGGGGGAAGUCAAGCCUUUCUCCGCCGUCGCUCCGGCGGAAUCCGGUGGCGCCACCGCCACAGAAACGGCGGAGGUACCAGCAGAUGAGCUUGACCGUGAUUUGUUGUGCCCGAUUUGCAUGCAGAUAAUCAAGGACGCGUUCCUCACGGCGUGUGGACACAGCUUCUGCUACAUGUGCAUCAUCACUCACCUUCACAACAAAAAGGAUUGCCCUUGUUGUGGACAUUACCUGACUAAUAAUCAACUCUUCCCCAAUUUCCUCCUCGACAAGCUAUUGAAGAAGACCUCUGCUCGCCAAAUAUCAAAAACUGCAUCCCCUGUAGAACAAUUUCGUCAGGCAAUGCAACAGGGUUGUGAAGUGUCGGUUAAAGAGCUGGACACCCUGUUGACGCUGCUUGCAGAGAAAAAGAGAAAAUUGGAGCAAGAAGAAGCCGAGAGAAAUAUGCAAAUCCUAUUUGACUUCUUGUACUGCCUAAGGAAACAGAAGGUUGAUGAACUAAAUGAGAUACAAAAUGAUCUCCAGUUUAUCAAAGAGGACAUAAAUGCUGUGGAGAGACAUAGAAUAGAGUUGUAUCGGGCAAGGGACAGGUAUUCAGUGAAGCUGCGGAUGCUUUCUGAUGAUCCUACAGCAACAAAAUCUUGGCCUUCACCAUUUGCUAAGAAUAAUAGCGGCUUUAUGUCUAGUUCUCGUAAUGCACAAGGAGGGCUGGGUAUGGGAAAUUUUCUGUACAAGAAAGCAGAUGGGAAGGCUCAAGUAAACACCCUUGCUUCCCAGGCAAAGGAUACCUUGAGUGGAAUGGGUUCAGAACAUGUGAGUCAAUCGAGUCUUGCUGUAGCAAGGAAAAAGCGCGUCCAUGCUCAGUUCAAUGACCUACAAGAGUGUUACUUACAAAAGCGACGGCAGUUGGCAAACCACCCACUUAAGCAGGAAGAAAGGGAUACAAAUAUCAUACAUAGAGAAGGUUAUACUGCAGGACUAACUGAGUUUCAAUCUGUGCUGAGUACCUUCACACGGUACAGUCGACUAAGGGUCAUCGCUGAACUUAGGCAUGGGGAUCUUUUUCAUUCGGCCAAUAUUGUAUCAAGCAUAGAAUUUGACCGUGACGAUGAGUUGUUUGCUACUGCUGGAGUUUCGAGACGUAUAAAGAUUUUUGACUUCUCUUCGGUUGUAAAUGAACCUGCAGAUGUGCACACCCCUGUUGUGGAGAUGUCAACACGAUCAAAACUUAGUUGCUUGAGUUGGAACAAGUUUACUAAGAACCAUAUUGCUAGUAGUGAUUAUGAUGGAAUAGUAACUGUUUGGGAUGUCACCACGAGGCAGAGUGUAAUGGAAUACGAGGAACAUGAGAAACGGGCAUGGAGUGUUGAUUUUUCACGCACAGAACCCUCUAUGCUUGUCUCUGGCAGUGAUGAUUGCAAGGUCAAACUAUGGUGCACAAAGCAGGAAGCUAGUGUUCUUAACAUCAACAUGAAAGCGAACAUUUGCUGUGUCAAGUACAAUCCUGGAUCUAGCAGUCACAUUGCGGUUGGCUCUGCAGACCAUCAUAUCCACUAUUAUGAUUUGAGAAAUGCUAGCCAGCCGCUCCAUGUGUUCAGUGGACAUAGGAAAGCUGUUUCGUAUGUGAAAUUUUUAUCCAAUGAUGAGCUUGCGUCUGCAUCUACUGACAGUACAUUACGUUUGUGGGAUGUGAAGGAGAAUUUGCCGGUUCGUACCUUUAGGGGCCAUACAAAUGAAAAGAAUUUUGUGGGUCUUACGGUAAACAGCGGUUAUAUUGCUUGUGGCAGUGAAACAAAUGAAGUAUUUGUUUAUCAUAAGGCAAUCUCAAGACAGGUGACUCGGCAUAAAUUUGGUUCACAGGAGAUGGAUGAUACUGAUGAAGAUGCCGGAUCUUAUUUCAUUAGUGCUGUAUGCUGGAAGAGUGAUAGCCCGACAAUGUUGGCUGCAAACAGUCAGGGAACAAUUAAAGUGCUGGUACUAGCAACGUGAAAUUGUAUAAAGAUUGGCAUAAAGGAGUACAAUUAAAGAAAAAUUAAAAAAAUAAAAGAAAAACACCUAGUAUCAAUAGGGAUAAUCAAUUAUUCCAUUGUUGGACACAGAUUAUUUUGUACAUAACAUUGAACUGGAUUCUGACUCGGGAAGGACGAACUAAAAUAUAAGUGGGGAAAUUUGUAGGGUUCUUGAUGCAGUUUUUUUUCCUUUUUCUUUUUCUUUGCAAAAUUAGUGCUUAAAUGUGUAUGAAGGUAAGAUAGACACCAGAUUUGACAAAACUGAUGGUGCUCAGAUGUUGAAUAAUGUAGUCAGCAUAAGCAGUUCUUUAGUGA